GAUCCACCAUUUAUAAUGCCAAAGAAGAAUAAAGAUGGGACGAUUUCACUUCAAGGAUACUCUAUUGAUCUUCUCAAGGAGCUGUCUCGAUCACUCGGGUUUACAUAUGAAAUGUAUCCUUCGCCAGAUGGAUUUUAUGGAACAGUGACGGAAAAUGGAACUUGGAACGGCAUGAUAAGACAGAUUUUAGACGGGAAUGCGAACAUGGCGGCUGGAUCGAUUGCCAUCACUGAAACCAGAGAAAAGGUGGUGGAUUUCACCGUUCCGUUCAUGUAUUAUACUGACGAUCUACUGGUGAAGAAGACAUCAACAGAGACAACUGAUUUACUGCAGUUCAUGCAUCCAUUUGAAAAUGGCGUCUGGAUCGCUACUCUGGGAGUAGUGGCACUCAUCUCUAUUGCUGUCUUCGUAUUGAAUUACUUCAGUCCUUAUGGAUACAAAGAUGAAAAUGGUAGAGGAACAUCAGAGGAGUUUAAUUUCUUCAACAGUGUGUGGUUUUCUUUGGCCUGCAUGCUGCAGCAAGGAGGAGAUAACACACCGAGGAAUUUAUCAGGUCGAAUUCUGGCCGGUUGCUACUGGUUCUGUAUAGUUAUCUGGGUCUCAACAUACACAGCCAACCUUGCUGCCUUCCUUACUGUGAAAAAUGCAGUUCAGCCGAUCAACAGUCUGAACGAUAUUUUAAAAACCUCCUACAAAGUGGCAGUUGUCUCUUCCACCAGUGUUCAUUCAGCAUUUAAGAAAACUCAGUACGAGCCGCAUAGGAAGAUUUGGAAUAGAAUCCAAGCGGAAAAAACAUUAGUUAAAAACGCACAAGAAGGAGUCCAGUGGGUUCGAGAGAAGGAUAAUUUUGCAUUUAUUCAUGACGGACCAGUCCUUGAUUACCUCGCCAUGCAGCGGCCAUGCGGCCUCAGAGUAGUUCCUGGUCUGACCUCGGCCAAAGGUUUCGCCUUGACUUUUAGAGCGUAUGACCCUCACACUGAUUUAUUUACGCUGACUAUUCUGCACCUCCAUGAGAAUCAGUUUCUGGACUCACUGAGACGAAAAUGGUGGGAUAAUAAAAAUGCUUGCUCUCAGGAACAAGACACAA